CCGCAGACAAUAGUCAUGAACGACUGCAUCAUCCGCGGUGACCUGGCCAACGUGCGGGUCGGGCGCCACUGCGUGGUGAAGAGCCGCAGCGUCAUCAGGCCGCCCUUCAAGAAGUUCAGUAAAGGGGUGGCCUUUUUCCCUCUGCACAUCGGGGAUCACGUCUUCAUAGAAGAGGACUGCGUGGUGAACGCCGCCCAGAUCGGCUCCUACGUCCACAUAGGCAAGAACUGUGUCAUUGGUCGUAGAUGUGUUUUGAAAGACUGCUGCAAAAUCUUGGACAACACAGUACUGCCUCCUGAGACAGUGGUGCCACCCUUCACAGUCUUCUCAGGCUGCCCAGGGCUCUUCUCUGGGGAGCUCCCGGAGUGCACCCAGGAGCUCAUGAUUGAUGUCACCAAGAGCUACUACCAGAAGUUCCUGCCGCUCACUCAGGUCUAGUACCCUGCAGAGCA